AUGGAGAGAAGUUACGCGUCCUUGUUCUUACUGCUCAUUGUCAUCUCCUGUGCUCUGGCAAAGGAUGCGGGCAAGAAGGAUUCAAAGGACACUACGGCUAAGCCAAAACUGCCUCAGACACUCUCCAGAGGCUGGGGAGACCAGCUCAUCUGGACGCAGACCUACGAGGAAGCGCUUUUCCGUGCCAAGCACAGCCAGAAACCCUUGAUGAUUAUCCACCACCUGGAAGACUGCCCACACAGCCAAGCCCUCAAGAAGGUCUUUGCUGAACACAAAGAUAUACAGAAACUGGCUGAAAAAUUCAUUCUCCUGAACCUUGUGUAUGAAACCACAGACAAGAAUCUUGCACCUGAUGGCCAGUACGUCCCUCGGAUUUUGUUCAUAGAUCCUUCCCUGACUGUGAGAGCAGAUAUUACUGGAAGAUACUCAAACCGUCUCUACGCAUAUGAGCCCUCUGACAUUUCAUUGUUGUAUUCAAAUAUGCAGAAAGCACUGAAGCUUCUGAAGACUGAACUGUAA